AUGGCCAUCACCAACCAGCACAGCAGCAUCUAUCUCAUCUGCCAGCUCAUCUGCGGCGUCGUCUUCCCCGGCCGCCCCAUCGCCAACAUGGUCUUUGUCAGCUACGGCUACAUCUCGUCGGCCCAGGGCAUCAAGUUCGCCUCGGACCUCAAGCUCGGCCACUACAUGAAGAUUCCCCCGCGCAUCAUGUUCCUCGUCCAGGUCGUCGCCACGCUCGUCUCGUCGCUGACCCAGAUCGGCGUCCUCAACUGGAUGUUUGCAAAUGUCCGCGGCAUCUGCACCGCAGAGGCCGUCAACGGCUUCACCUGCCCCAUUGCCCGCGUCCACUUCAACGGCUCCAUCCUCUGGGGUGUCGUCGGCCCCGGCGAGUUCUUCGGCCCCAUGGCCAUCUACCGCACCCUCGUCUGGUGCUUCCCUCUCGGCGCCUUCCUCCCCAUCCCGCUCUGGCUCUACGCCCGCCGCCGCCGCCACAGCCUCUUCCGCAAGGUCAACCUCCCCGUCAUCUUCGGCGCCAUGUCGUGGAUCCCCCCGGCCACCGGCCUCAACUUCUCCGUCUGGGCCCUCGUCUGCUACCUCUUCAACUUCCUCAUCAAGCGCCGCGCAAACGCUUGGUGGGGCAAGUACACCAUGACACUCAGCGCCGCCCUCGACUCGGGCCUCGCCUUUGGCAUCGUCGUCGUCUUCUUCGGCUUCAUCUACCCGGGCUGGGUCAGCGGCUUCAGCUGGUGGGGCACAGAGGUCUACAAGCAGGGCUGCGACUGGCAGGCUUGCUCUUACAAGAAUGUCCCCGAAGGCCAGACCUUUGGCCCCCACACGUGGUAA